CUGCGGGCUCUCACCGCCCUCACCCCACCAGACACGGAAGACCCGAGUGCGGAGCGCCUGCCCACGUGCCCGCAGCCAGGCCGCGGUGUCCAGGAAGAUGGGGUCCCUGUUUCUCACAGACAGUGUGAUGGCGCGUGGGAGAGGGUUACAGGCGGAGGUACCGGCAUGUGUAAAGGCUUGGAGAACGUCUCUUCGCCGAGGUGGACGCCAGGAAUCUCCUCCUGCGCAGCUGUGGAAACUACACUACCCAGAGGGCAAUGCGCCCAAUGGUGGCGGAGUUGAGCCAAUGAAAGCCCAGGGCAGAGGUAUUUCCGUGCGUGGGCUUCGCUUCGGGGCGGGACUUCCGGCGUCUUCCUUGUGGCGGUCAUUUUGGCUUUUUUCAGGUCGGGUCGCCCACUCAGAGGCUCGGAGCCAGGGGUCCUAAAAGAUAAGGUGCCAGAGGCCUCCACAGAGGCGGGUCCAAGGCUUGGCGGCGGCGCACCUCGGGGUGACCCGAAACAGGCUGAGAUCGGGACCUCCACGCCUCACAGACUCCGCUUCGCCCACAGACUCCGAUGGCGGCGGCGGCGCUGAGGGACCCGCCUCAGGGUAUGAAGUUUGAGGAUGUGGCCAUUGACUUCUCCCAGGAGGAGUGGGGGCUCCUUGAUGAGGCUCAGAGACUCCUGUACUACAAUGUGAUGCUGGAAAACUUUGCACUUGUAGCAUCCCUGGGUUGUUGCCAUGGGACAGAAGAUGAGGAGGCCCCUUCUGAGCAGAGUAUAUCUGUAGAAGGAGAGUCACAGGUUAGGGCUUCUAAGGCAGGUCCAUCCACCCAGAAGACCCACCCCUAUGAGAUGUGUGUCCCCAUCUUAAAAGAUAUUUUGCAGCAAGCUGAGCACCAAACAGUAUACCCUUUGCAGAAACCAGACUUGGGUGGCACAUAUGUGAGAUGCUUCUGUUUCAGUGCAAACUUUCACCAGCAACAGAGGCAUGACAGUGGAGAGAAGCCCUGGAAAAGAGAUGUGGACAGGGCCUCGCUUGUGAGGAGCUGCAACUUCUUUGUGCCAGGGAAGCCUUUCACCUGUAGGGAGGUUGGGGAAGACUUCCCAGCCACCUUGGGCCUUCUCCAGCACCAGGCCACACCCAACAGUGAGGAACUACAGAGUGGCAGCAAGAGUGGACAGGCCUUUCACAGUGAAAAAAGUCAUUACAAGUGGGGUGAAUGUGAAAAAGUUGCCAGCCACAGCCACACACUUGUUCAAGAUCAAAGUGUCUGCUCUAAAGAAGGGAUUUAUGAGUGUAACAAAUGUCGGAAAGCCUUCAACUGCAACUACAGACUUGUUCAGCACCAGCAAAUUCACACUGGACAAAGGCCAUAUGAGUGUGGUGAAUGCGGGAAAUUCUUUAGCCAUAUCUCUGGCCUUGUUAAACACCAGAGAAUUCACAGUGGUACAAAGCCUUAUGGAUGCAGAGAACGUGAAAAAUUAUUUACCCACAACUUUAGUCUUACAAAACACCAGAAAAUUCACACUGGAGAAGGGACUUAUGAAUGCAGUGAAUGUGGAAAAGUCUUCAGUCACAAAUCCAAACUCAUUCACCACCAGAGACAACACACUGGAGGAAUGCAUUUUGAGUGUGGUGAGUGUGGGAAAUUCUUUAGCUACAAAUCCAACCUCAUUGAACACCAGAGAGUUCACACUAAAGAAAGACCUUACGAGUGCAGCGAAUGUGGGAAGUCCUUUAGACAAAGUUCUAGCCUUUUCCGACACCAGAGAGUUCACACUGGAGAAAGGCCUUAUGAGUGCAGUGAAUGUGGGAAAGCCUUUAGACAAAUUUUUAAUCUCUUUCGACAUGGUAGAGUUCACACUGGAGAAAUGCCUUAUGAGUGUAGCGAAUGUGGAAAAUCUUUUAGCUGCAAAUCUGAACUCAUUCAACACCAGAGAAUUCACAGUGGAGAAAGGCCUUAUGUGUGCAGUGAAUGUGGGAAGUCCUUCAGACAGUUCUCUAACCUCAUUCGACACCGGAGUGUUCAUACUGGAGAAAGACCAUAUGAGUGCAGUGUUUGUGGAAAAUCCUUUAGUCGCAAAUUUAUCCUCAUUCAACAUCAGAGAGUUCACACUGGAGAAAGACCUUACGAGUGCACUGAAUGUGGAAAAUCUUUUAUCCGCAAAUCUGACCUCAUUCAACACCAGAGAAUUCAUACUGGCACAAGACCUUAUGAGUGCAGUGAAUGUGGGAAAUCCUUUAGACAACGCUCUGGGCUUAUUCAACACCGGAGAAUUCAUUCUGGAGAAAAGCCUUAUGAAUGUGGGGAAUGUGGGAAAUCCUUUAGCCAAAGUGCUAGCCUCAUUCAACAUCAGAGAGUUCACACUGGGGAAAAACCAUAUGAGUGUAAUGAGUGUGGAAAAUUCUUUAGCCAAAGUUCUAGCCUCAUUCAACACCAGAGAGGGCACACUGGUGAGAGGCCUUAUGAGUGCAGUGAAUGUGGGAAACUCUUUACCCACAAAUCUGACCUCAUUCAACACCAGAGAGUUCACACGGGAGAAAGACCUUAUGAAUGUAGUGAAUGUGUGAAAUCCUUUAGCCGCAAAUCUAACCUUCUCAGACACUGGAGAGUUCAUGCUGGAGAAAAGCCUUAAAUGUGCAGGGAAUGUUUUAUUUCCUCACUCAGUAUAGCAACACUGGAGGAGACUGUGUGAGAGCCAUUUACCUGAAUUUAAACCUCUUUUAUUCAAACAUACACCAUGCAAGAUUGCUCAUAAGUUUCAGUUACACCUAAGGCUUUAAGGAGAUACAUUAUACUUUGUAACCUGCCCAGAGCUGCUGUUAGAUUUAUGUCACUGCCACUUUCUGUGGCUGAAGCCAUUUCACCCCUGUACAUCAGGCACCACUCCAACAGGCUCAGGAAAGCUGAACUCUGUGUUCUGCUAUCUGCUUGAGGAAAUUAUGAAUAGCCCAAGCCCUUAGCAGGAUCCUUAUUCCUUUCUCUCUGAUUUUAGGGAAUGGACCUGACCCAGGUUGGGUCCAAAGGACCUAUCCUCAGCUUGCUAAGAAGGACUACCUUUUUCAGGGACAUUAUUGUUCUCACAUCAUACUUUUGAUGAAUUUUUCCAGGUUCUAAUUUACCAACCUGGAAACUGCUUGCUGCACAUUGCUCUGGUUUGUAAAGGCCUCCUCUUGCACCUUUAAUUUUUGGUGGUUCUUUUCUCUCUUCCAUGGGGGUUUGGAAGCAGAAUUGUGAUCUGUAGCAUGUAGAGGUGAACAGAUUAAUUUGCAUUGCUUCCCAAGGCCUUAAAAGAAAGACUGCAGGUCUCUGUGGUCCUAAUUGGUGGACUGGUGCCAGGAUUUUCGGAGAGGUCGGAAGUCACCCUGAAGAGGAGGCCUUUGUUGUGAGAACCCCCAGUGCUUCUGUGACCAACAUGAAUUUUAUUCCCUUGUUCACAUAAUUCCCAGCACCAUUGAGGGGACCUCAUCCCCAGGUCCUAUAAAGGAGCCAUGUGCCAUGAUGUACAAAUUUUCAAUGACAUUUUCAGUGUCAUUUAUUGUUAGACUACAAGAGUCAGGUAGAACCAUAAUUUGUGUUACUGAACCAAACUCAGGUCCACUUGCCCAUGUGCAGCACAGCCAAUCUACUGACACCAGGUUGUGAUGAAGUGAAGUACAGCAUUUACUGUAGGGCAUCAAGCAAGAAGAAUGGGCAGCUAAUGUUCAAAAGACCUGAACUCCCCAAUGGUUUUCAAGGAAGGGGUUUUUUUUUCUUUUUUUUGUG